UGCAAACCUAAAAAGAACAGAAAGAGAGAGACCAGAGACCAGUUUUAUUUCUCUCUUUAUUGCCCACCGGAAGACGGAGAGACUGAGGGGGCGGUAAAAAAAGCAAAAGUGGUAUUGCGAUCUCGAUAAACCAUGAAUCAAGAGAAGGAUGGUGGUGAUGAUGAUUCUAAAAGCAAAACAGCUGUUAUUGAAACAACAAAAACAGAAUCAAAGAUUGAAUAUGAGAAACAAGGAAAGAGGGGUUUUAGGGGUUUUGGUACUGAUGAUGAUGAUGAUGAUGAUGGUGACAAGGAGAAUAAGAUGGAAAAGAUGGAAGAAGACAAUGGUGGAAUUAAAGAGAUUGACGAGGGCUUAUUAGGAAAAGGUGAAUCAGAUUCAGUAGAGGAGGAGACUAAAGAGGUAAACUCUAUUAUUACUACUGCUACAGAAACAGUAAUAAAAAGAGGAAGAGGAAGACCUAAGAAGAACAAGGCAGUGGUGCUGCUGGAAAAUACUAAAAACAUGUUGAAUAAUAAGGUCAACCAAGUGGAGGAGGUGGAAAAGAGGGAACAAAAUGGAGGAAUUGAGGGUUUAGCAGGGAAAGGAGAAUUAGAUUCAGUAGUAGAGUGCAUCAAGGAGGAUGACUCUAUUACUAAAGAAACAGUAAUAAAAAGAGGAAGAGGAAGACAACCUCAUUCUGAUGAACAAACAAGAAGGAAAAGAGGGAGACCAAAGAAGGUUGAAGAUACAAACAGGAUGGAUGAUGUGGAGGAGGAGAAAGAGAAUGAAAAGGGGAUUAAGAAGAUUAAAAUGGGGGGAGAAAAUGGAACUGAGGAGACUAAGGAGGAUUUAGGAAAUGGAGAAUUGGAUUCAGUAGAGUGCGUCAAUGAGGAAAUAAAAGGGAAGAGCUCUAUUGCCAAAGAAAUAAAAAGAGGAAGAGGAAGACCUAAGAAGGUGAUGCAAUUGGACCCAACUACAAACAAGAUGAAUCAAGUGAAUGAAGAGGAGGGGGAGAAGGUAAUAUGUCAUCACACGGCAAGCACCGACCAAACAAGAAGAAAAAGAGGAACACCUAAGAAGGUGGAGAUAUUGGAAGAUACAAACAAGAUGAAUAGAGUGAACCAAGUGGAGGAGAAGGUAAGGUGUCAUCAGUGCGGUAAGAACGAUGAAGAGGAAUAUGUUUGUUGUACAAAAUGUCAAGUUAAAGUAUAUUGCAUUGGUUGCAUAGGAACUUGGUAUCCAAAGUUUUCGGCUGAAGCUAUUGCACAGUCUUGCCCAUUUUGUCGUGAUAAUUGCAAUUGCAUAAAAUGUUUGCGUUCAUGUAUAACGCCCAAGAACUUGAAGAGUCAGGAAAUGAUGAUGAAAAACAGGGAGGAAAAUGGAAUUGAUGAGAUUAAGGAGGGGUCAGGAAAAAGAAAAAGAGGAAAUCCAGAGAAGGCGGUGCUACUUGAGAACGCAAAGAAUAAGGGUAGGGAUUUAAUUGAUGAGCAAGGAAGAAGAAAAAGAGGAAGGCCAAAGAAGGUGGUGCUAGCAGAAAAUACAACAAAGAAGGGCAGUGAUUUAAGUGAUGAGCAAACAGGAAGAAAAAGAGUAAGACCAAAGAAGGUGGUGCUACUGGAAGUUACAAAGAAGAAGGGUAGGAAUUUAAGUGAUGAGCAAUCCAUAAGAAAAAGAGGAAGACCAAAGAAGGUGGUGCUAGAGGAAAACACAAUGAUGAAGGGCACAAAUUUAAUCGAUAAGCAAACAAGAAGAAAAAAAGGAAAAUCAAAGAAGGUGGUUCUACUGGAAAUUUCAAAGAAGAAAGGUAGCGAUGAACAAACCAUAAGAAAAAGAGGAAGACCAAAGAAGGUUGUGCUCCUGGAAAUUACAAAGAAGAAGGGUAGGGAUUUGAGUGAUGAGCAAACAAGAAAAAAAAGAGGAAGGCCAAAGAAGGUGGUUCUACUGGAAAACAUACAGAAGAGGAAUGAUGUGAGUGAAGUGGAGGUGGAGAAGAAAAGGUGUCAUCAGUGUAAGAACGGUAGAGAGGAAUAUGUUUGUUGCGGAAAAUGCGAAGUGAAAGUAUAUUGCUUGCGUUGCAUUCAGAGUUGGUAUCCGAAAUAUUCGGCUGAAGCAAUUGCAGAUUCUUGCCCAUUUUGUCGUGGAAACUGCAAUUGCAAAGCAUGCUUGCGGUCAUUCAAAGUGCUUAAGAAUUUAAAGAGACAAGGAAUGGAGAUGGAUGCAGACGAGAAGCUUAACUGCUGUAAAUAUAUGUUACGAGCUCUAUUACCCAUCCUGAAACUAAUUCAUGAAGAACAAGAUAUGGAAAGAGUAGCGGAGGCAAAUAUACAAGGAGUAAGAGUUCCAGAUUUGGAGAUAAAACAGACUUCUUGUGAACCAGAUGAUCGUUUCUACUGCAACAACUGCAGUACUUCAAUUGUCGAUUUUUAUCGGAGCUGCACAUACUGUUCUUACGAUCUAUGCCUGAAUUGUUGUCGUGAAAUCCGUGGUGGUUCUUUACAAGGAGAUUCUCGAGAAUUAAUUACGAAGCAUGGCGACAAACAAGAAUCUGGGUGGCAAAUGGGGAGGAAUGGUAGCAUCCCUUGCUUGGCUAAAGAAGUCGAUGCUUGCGAUUCUGGUCAACUAGAGCUGAAGCAUAUUCUUCCAAAAAACUGGGUUUCAGAGCUGAAGCAGAAAGCAGAAGAACUAGCAGAGAAAUACAAACUCUUAGAUGUUCCUGCAACCCCUGCACAUAAGUGCUCCUGUUUCAAUUCUGCCGGCUCUAUUGACUUGGAAAACAGUAAUUUGCGGAUAUCAUCUUGUCGUGAAGAUUAUGAUGACAAUCAUCUGUACUGUCCAUCAGGUAGUGAUAUGCAGCAUGGGGACAUGGAGCACUUUCAAAAGCAUUGGAUGAAAGGUGAGCCGGUAAUUGUCCGGAAUGUUGUGGAUCUUACGGAUGGCCUGAGCUGGGAGCCAAUGGUUAUGUGGCGUGCAUUGCGCCAGGUAACAAACCCCAGCAAGUCUAAGGAUCCAUCGUCCUUAACAGCAAAGGCCAUCGAAUGCCUGAAUUGGUGUGAGUUUGAGAUUAAUCUGAAAGAAUUUUUCAGAGGCUAUUCAGAAGGUCGGAGACACCUCAACUCUUGGCCUGAGAUGCUCAAACUGAUGGAUUGGCCACCAUCGAAUUUCUUGGAGGAACGCUUGCCACGCCAUGGUGCUGAAUUCAUUAGUUCCUUGCCAUAUCAGGGGUACACAAAUCCGAAGAGUGGAUUUCUUAAUCUUGCAACAAAAUUGCCAGAGGAUGCUGUGAAGCCGGACUUGGGGCCCAAGGCAUACAUUGCUUAUGGGUAUGGCGAAGAACUCGGCCGUGGUGAUUCUGUAACAAAACUUCAUUGCGACUUGUCUGAUGCGGUGAAUGUCUUGAUGCAUACUGGGGAAGUUUCUCUUGAUGCUCGACAACGUUCUGCUAUAAAGGCUUUGAAAAAGACAUACAAGGCCCAAGAUGAAAAAGAGCUUUUUGUGACUUCUCCCGAGUCAAAUUUUGAAGCAUCUAUAUCUGAGAUUGGUGGGUCAUGUGCUGCUCCUUCAAACCAUGAACAAUCUAAGUCUGACCUUAAUCGUGGAGAAGAAGAGUCUUGUAUUGUCGGCUGUGGCCCAGCUACCAGUGGUUUGGGUGUAACACAAAAGGAUGCAUGUGAGGUUCAGGCGGUGGACAGUUUGGAUCUUAAUAUGGAUGUUAAUCUCCAAGUAGACGACAACCUGGCUUCAUUGGAGACAAAUGAAACGGAAAUGUGCAUGGUUCAUUCUAGACAUAAGGUUUCGGAUACGAAAGACCAUGCAGACCAACAACAUGGGGAAACUGAGGUCACCAAUAAUGAGAACAAGUUGAGUGAAGAACAGAGUAACCUUGAUGGCUUGGAGAAGAGUAAUGGUGGUGCUCUUUGGGAUAUCUUCCGCAGGCAAGAUGUUCCAAAACUUCAGGAAUAUCUUAGAAACCAUUCCAAAGAGUUCAGGCACAUAAAUGGUUCUCCUGUAGCAAAGGUUAUUCAUCCAAUUUAUGACCAGACUUUUUAUCUCAGUGCAAAGCAUAAGAGGGCGCUCAAGGAGGAAUUCGGAAUUGAACCUUGGACUUUCAUACAAGAACUUGGAGAGGCAGUAUUAAUCCCAGCGGGCUGCCCUCAUCAAGUAAGAAACCUCAAGUCAUGUCUUAAGGUUGCAGUCGACUUUGUCUCACCAGAAAAUGUCUUAGAAUGUGUGAGGUUAACUGAGGAUUUCCGUUUACUACCCAAGGGCCAUAAGGCAAAUGAAGACAAGCUGGAGGUAAAGAAGAUGACCCUCUAUACUAUCAGCCAAGUUGUGAAUGAACUGGAGCAGUUGAUCAAGUCUGAGGAUACUAAGAGCACUCUAUCCGAUUCUGAUCCAAAACUAAAUCCUCCGACAAUUGAGAUACUAUAGAACAGAAAGGUACUGAAGAUACACGGAUACGUCAUUUUUUUGUAGAUUUUUUUUGUGUAGACAGUCGUCCUGUUGAAAGGUGAACGGCACCAAAUGGCUGCAAACAACAUACAUACCACCACAACAUCGGCAACAGUAUGAUCCAUUCUUGAUUUUGUGAAUCUUAACCUAGGUCAGGUUACAAUUUUAUACUCUCAUUUUUUAGUGACAAUCCAUUACUGCCUCAUUUCCUCCCUCUCCUUGUAAGACGAGGUUGUGGCUUGCGAGUGUUCUUCUGAUAACUACAUUUUGUUGCCAAUUCGAACACAAAUACAUAUUGAAAUAGACAUCCUUCAACUGUAAAUUUUGUUGGAUGCUGGAUUCUGAAUACAAAGGCCUGUCACUUCUAACAU